GGAGGAGGAUGAAGAGGAGGCGGGGCCAGGCGAGUGAGAUAGUGAUGCUCUCAGCAGGUGCCAACAAGUGAGAGGUAGCCCCGACUGGAGAUGAAGAGUCACUGAGCACAGAAGACGUCCUCACAUACACCCACUUAGACGUCGGUGCGCAACAAACAGCCAGUGUGUUUUCAAGUCCUCCUGCUUGAGCUCUUCAACUCUGCAGCCAUGUUGCUUCGUCCCAUGCUGCUUGGAACCGCCCUACUAAUCCUGGCCCCCAUGGCGACCCUCGAGGCUCGCGCUCUUCACCCUUCUUCUGAUAGCGCUCAGUUAAUGGAGCAGCUCCUUGAUCGCUAUAAUGACCUGCUGACCAUGGACGACCUGGAGAACCUUCUGAGCAGCCCUGCAGAGGAGCAGUCCACCUUAUCCUCCGGGGCCAAAGCGUCCGAGUUUCCCGCCAAAUGGGCCGAAGUCCCGCCGGAGACGCCCUGGCUCCGCCUCCUCCGGGGGGCCCUGGCCAAUCAGAAGCCGGCUGAGUCAGAGCGCUCACGAAGGGGAUGGAACCGAGGCUGCUUUGGCCUUAAACUGGACAGGAUCGGGUCGAUGAGUGGAUUGGGUUGUUAGUUAACAGACUGGUGUCAUCUGUUUGGGAUGAUGAGGAUGUAAAGGAAGUUGUUGUUGUGUUAGCAGCUUUCAGCACUUUUGUAGUUGUUUCAUAGUUCAGCUGUAGUAUUGAAACUAUUGUAUUAGAAUAUGUCACUUAUUUUUUACAUCAAGCAGUAUUUUUUACCCCAUUGGCGAGCUUGUGUUUCUAGUAAAUUAGGUUUAGCAAGCUUUAGUCAAAUGUAAUGCCCGGUGUUGUGAUGUGUUGUGUGAUGUGCCAAGUACAAGUUGUGUAGUUUUAAAAACAAAACAAAACAAAAAAAAGUUUACAGCCCAUCCCGUCCACACCAACUGCCUUUUGUUUACUUAUGAUUUGCACAAAUAAACAGAUUUCGCCUUA